UGUGUGUGUGUGUCUUAAUUCGUUGUACUCAGUAGCUCACGUGUGGCACGCACGACAAGACUGCCUGUCGGCUAGUAUUGGACCCCGGCACAGGCAACCUCCUGUCGGUUUCUUCUGGGGCGGAGCGCUCGCCCCGCCCCCGGCCGGCCUCGGGAGCCAGCCCAGCCCACCCAGUUCUCUUGGCUUCUGCCUGCCCCGAGGACUCUGCCGCCCGGUGCGAGCAGGCAGCGGCGCGCAGGUCCCGAUUUGCGAGCAUCUAGACGCAGAGACAGAAACUGAGGCUCAGACACAUUGAAGACCGUGUGGUGAGCUGGGCGUGGUGAGCUGGGCAUGGUGAGUCAAGUGUGGUGGCCCAGGCCUUUAAUCCCAGCACUUGGGAAGCAGAAGUGAACAGAUCUCUAGAUAGGGCCACAGUGUGAGAGAGUGACUUUUAGCCAAGGCCACCAGACCCAGAACUUGAAUUUGGGACCUGCUUCUAGGACCUUGGGGAUUCCCAUCAGAAAGCUAUGACGUCGUACCACAGAAGCCAGAGAGGAGAAGAUAAAGUCAACAGAAUGGGUGGCCCGGGCUAGAACCCACCUCUCUCUACAGACUCCACAAGACUGGCCCUCUGGCCACCUGAAACCUCAAGAUGGCCUCCAGCUCGGCCCCUGAUGAGAACGAGUUUCAGUUUGGUUGCACCCCUGCUGCCUGCCAGGACCCGUCAGAGCCCAGAGCUCUGUGCUGCACAGCCUGUCUCUCUGAGAACCAGAGAAAUGGGCUUGGUUGGCAGCACUCGCUAUCAAGUCAGAACUACUUACACCAUGUCUUGCACGACCCCCUGGUCCGAACCUGACACCCAUUCCCGAGAUGGUGAGGAUAGGAUCUGCCCUAAAUGCAGCGCAAACAGCCUCCAGCCUGUGAAUCCAGGAAGACUUCUGACUCAGGAGAAGGUUAACCCUCACCCUGACGUGGCAGAGGCCAGAGUCGAGUGUCCCUUUGCAGGCGUUGGCUGUUCCUUCAAGGGGAGCCCACAAUCUUUGCAGGAGCAUGAGGCCGCUUCCCAGGCCUCCCACCUCUACCUGCUGCUGGGGGUCCUGAAGAAGUGGAAGCCCUUGCCAGGCUCCAACCUGGGCUCCACGCCCAUGGCGCUGGAGCGGAACCUGUCAGAGCUGCAGCUUCAGGCCGCCACGCAAGUGACAGGGGACCUGGAGGUAGACUGCUACCGGGCACCUUGCUGUGAGAGCCAGGAAGAGCAGGCCCUGCAGCAGCUCCUGAGGGAGAAGCUGUUGGCCCAGCUGGAGGAGAAGCUGCGCGUGUUUGAGAACAUUGUUGCCGUCCUCAACAAGGAAGUGGAGGCUUCCCAUCUGGCGCUGGCCGCCUCCUUCCACCAGAGCCAGUUGGACCGGGAGCACAUCCUGAGCCUGGAGCAGAAGGUGGUGGAGUUGCAGCAGACCCUGUCCCAAAAAGACCAGGCCCUGGGCAAGCUUGAGCAGAGCCUGCGACUCGUGGAGGAGGCUUCCUUCGAUGGCACCUUCCUGUGGAAGAUCACCAAUGUCACUAGGCGGUGCCGGGAGUCGGCAUGUGGCAAGACUGUCAGCCUCUUCUCUCCAGCUUUCUAUACUGCCAAGUACGGUUACAAGCUGUGUCUGCGCUUGUACCUGAAUGGGGACGGCUCAGGCAAGAAGACCCACCUGUCCCUGUUCAUUGUGAUCAUGAGAGGGGAGUAUGACGCUCUACUGCCCUGGCCGUUCCGGAACAAGGUCACCUUCAUGGUCCUUGACCAGAACAACCGUGAGCAUGCCAUUGAUGCCUUCCGGCCUGACCUGAGCUCGGCCUCCUUCCAGCGGCCACAGAGCGAGACCAACGUGGCCAGCGGCUGUCCGCUGUUCUUCCCCCUCAACAAGCUGCAGUCACUCAAACACGCCUACGUAAAAGAUGAUACAAUGUUCCUCAAGUGUAUUGUGGACACCAGUGCUUAGGGGUGGGGGAUGGUCUCCUGAAGGCAAUCAGCUCAGAUGGGGGACCUAGCUAGACAGCCAGGCCCUGCCCUUGGCGCCCACAGUCCAGGACAAGAACGGGCUGAGUCUGGCAUGACCUGAGUGCCACAGCACGUUGGCUGUGGCUGCUGUGAGAUUGGAGGGACUUGAGCUAUACAAACAGAGACAGCGUGGAGGAGAAGACAAAAGUGCUCUCUUCACACGGACCACACACCAGGAGACCAGCUCGCCAGGAGACCCGCACGCCAGCAGGCCAGCACACCAGCAGGUCCUGAAUGUUGAGACCUUAGGUCAGGAUGAGGAGAGACUGGCCUGAGGCAUGGACAUUGAGCCAAGGCUGUGGGGCACCCCUGCUAGGACAUUCUCUGUAGGUCAGGGGGUAACCGGAGAAAUGUCCCGUCUCUCUGUUGAGACUUAGAAGGAGGACCGAAGGGUAGGAGGGUCAGCUGCUAGUGUGAAUUCACCUGUCCUGGACUGCGUUCCUAUGGCAGCAGACAUUUUAACAGGUAAACCUAGAAGCUGAACUGGGAAAUGCUUGUGGUCAGGAUUCAAAGACCUUUGAUGUUUUGACAGAUGAAACAAAAAAAAGCUUUGAAUUCUAA